AUGAGUAAUAAAAUAUGGAUUCUGGCAGGUAUAGCCGCUGCUAUUCUUGUCUUGACUAUUCUGUACUUCCUCUAUGCAAUUUUUGCUUUUAUUGCAUCCUUUAUCACUGCUUAUGGAGCGUUCACGGUGUACUUAAUAGCUAUUAUCUCUGUAGUGAGGUACAUCAUAAGAUCCUUGGUUUUCCCAGGUAGCAACAUUUUCAUCCGAAAGGCAGUAGAGUACAAUAUCAGGGAAAAUAUGACGAGAAUUAUCCUUAAUACUGUGGGUAACCUCAAGUACACUCUUGAAGAGACUUGUACCAAUGAGAAGCUGGAUGAUAACAACGCUAUCGACUUAAAGGAAAGCAUCUCAGAUAUUCGAAAAAUGAUAGAGACUAUCGUGUCUAAUAAUGAAAGACAAAGAAACCUUAAGACCCUUUCUUCAGACCAAGAGGAGUUCCAGCAGAAGCUUGAAGCGAUGAAGAAAGAUAUUUCAAGUGUUAGGCUUCUUAAGCAAGGCAAAACAAUGACUAAUGUUAGCAUCUGGGAUGCUGAAGAAAGUCCACUUGAAAAUCUUAUUGGGUGCUCUUAUAGUGAUAAUUUACGUACCAAAAUUGGCACCCUCGAUUCAUUCUGAUGAGAUCUCUCCAUCAAGAUGGGUAUCGAAAAUAGCAGUUUUAACAGCCAGGGGUUAAAGAGAGAAUGAUCUGUUAUCCAGAAAUUCAGAAGAAGCUUUUAUGUCUACUGGAGCAAUCAGUCUUAUGGCCACCUCGAUCAAGUCAGAACAGACUUAGAAAUGACUUACAAGGGGCAACAGGAAUUUAUCAGUACACCUGAUGGAGCUAAAUUAGACACUAUGUGGGUAAAAAGCGAACUCAAUGAGGGUGAUGUCACUUCCCCAGCUGUCCUUGUCUGUAAUCCUAAUGGAGUAUUUUAUGAAAACUUAGGAUUAUUUGACGACACUUUUUUCAAGUUUUUCCUCUCAAAUGGCUUCAAUGUCUUCCUUUGGAACUAUAGGGGAUAUGGAAGAUCCACUGGAUCCAUCUCUCCAGACAAGUUCUGUGAAGAUGCAGACUAUUUAGUUCAGCAUUUAGUUAACAUAAAAGGCGUGACCAGAUUAUUAGUGCAUGGGACAUCACUUGGGGGUGCCUUAGCAUGCCACCUCUCAAAUAACCCUAAUGUUGAAGCAAUAUUUGCAGAUAGAACCUUCUCUUCUCUGGACAGUGUGAUUCGGGACGACUUUGGACCAAUCCUCAGAUUUGUCUACAACUUAUUCACCCUAGGUAAAUGGAAAUUGAAAGUAGCUCGUAAAUUCUUGAUGAGCGAUAAGUACAAAAUAAUUGCUGCAGAUCCCCAGGACACAAUGAUUCCUGACCUAGCCUCUCUCAAGAACGGAGUCGCCAGAGUUUCUCUAAGUCAAGUGCUGAGGAAGAAUCAUAACGUUAAACCAGGUUUCUUCUUUGAUGUGUGAACAAUUAUGACUAAGGAAGAGACAGACACUUUCUUUAGUAUUCUGAAGGAAGUAUUCACACUGAAUCUUAAAUAAGGCAAAUGAGGAAUACAACAAGGCUAAGUCUAAGACCAAGGAAACUCUCAAGAAGGACGAUGAAGAGAAAAAUUCUUCUAUUGAACUGAAUUAUUUGGGAGAUGAAGGAAUUGAUGAUGACAAUGGCCUGUUUGACAACUCUGGUACUAAUUUUACAGCAUACUCUGAAACAUUUCUUGAUAAAACUGCUGGAAAUAUGAGCUAUGAAAGGUCAAAGAAGAAUGAAAUUUUCGAGCAUUUUAGUAAAGAUUAUUGAGAAAAAGCAAAAGAUGAAAUUGACCUUGCCAACAAAAGGGUUAAUAAAAACAUAGAAAAUAGCUUAGAGAAAUGACUGUUCAAGUAUUACAUGCCUGAAGACUCAUCCAGUAUUGAGGCCUUAUUGAACAAAAUCAAGAGGCUACUAUGCAAGGUUGAUAGCAGUGGUGUUACAUUCCACCACAUAUUCCAAGAGAGAGAAAGAAAUCAGUACAAAAUGUUCAAACAGUUCUUGUUAAACAUUGAAAUAUGGGGAAGCUAUUGUAACCUUCCGCUUGAAAAUCACGGGAUAUACAACAUUAGAAAUGCGAGGAGAAUGUCUGAAUUCCAAAUAACAGAUAUUAUAGAGGCACUCAAUCAGUUGAUUAAGGAAACUAAAGCUCAGCACUUCCCUAUCCAAAAACUCUUGCUUGAAAAGACAGGAGUGUUAUGCUACUUCCUUGUAAAAGUGGCUAAACACAUUCAGUCAAAGCUAGAUGACGAAAGCGCAAAUCUUCUUGGAGGAAGAGACGAUGACCCUCAAUCUGAAAAUGACUCUUUAGUAAGUAAAGGAAACACGAAGGCUACUUUUGAAGACGAUGAGUCAGUCAGUUUCCUCGAUAUCUCCAAAGUUAACGAUGAAAACAUUGGAAUGUUCUUCCCAAUCAGAUGCGGCCAUAAUGGAUGCUUUAAUCAUAUGGAAAUGGAACUCUACCGCAGCCAUUUAAAGCAGGUAUUCGAGCACUUAAGAAAUGAGGAAUAACACUCAAUCAUCUAGCAAA